CCGCUGUUGCCUUUCGGGUCAAGUGCCACCGCUGGUGACGCGGCAUUCCUGGCUUGAUGAUCUUGGAUCCAUCCCACGCCACCCCAGGAACUGUCCAGGCUCUUCCCACCCACGUUCCUGGAGUAUUCAGCGCCAAUGCGCUUCGAGAUCUCUUCCAGAAGUCCCCUACCAAACAAAAGAAGAUUGCACGGACUGUAGAGUCGAAACCGCAACACGCUGCUGGCCACCGCCGGCCUACAGCACACAAACAAGCCAGCGACCAUAAUGAUUCCAUGCAACUGCGAAUAUGGCUACAGCAGCGAGUACCCAGCAGCUCGAUUGUUCACAACGAGCUGCGAAGCCAUGCCAUUCGCGCUGCCCUUGCAGUGGAUUCCGCCAGUGCCGCUGUCGAUGAGCACGUUCGGUGGAUAAAGAACAACGUUCCAUUGCACUCGGUGCCAAAGGGAGUCAUAUCCAAUCGCACCAAGAUCUCCUCCUUCGUCGACGUUCUUCGACGAAUCCUCCACGCACGACUUCUUGCUGCCUUUUCCCUUUGGCAUGAUGCUGUCGUGAGCGACAAGCAAGCUGCAGCUGUAGCUCAGUUCGUUCGAAGCGAGGCUGUGCAGUCUCUCCAAGACAUUUGGGAGCGGUCGUGGCAACGGAAGCGGGACCGGGCAUUUUACAUGUGGCACGUCGAAGUCAGGUGCGGCCAAACCCAAGAGCUCCACGCGGCGGCAGCGGAAAUCCAGCGAUGGGUGAAGAUGUUCCAGCGUCGUCACUUGUUGUAUGCCAUGCGUCGAACUCGCGCCGCCACCCAACUGCAGUCCAACUACCGCCGCCACACCACGCGCAAAGCAUUUCGACGGUUGGUGCAAGCCGAGGCCGUCCGCCGCGCAGCUACGACCGUCCAAGCAGCCUACCGCCGGAAGAGAUCACGUCGCACCUUCCUCAACGCGCUGCUCGUGUAUGUGCAGUCGCAAGCGGCUGUGGUACUGCAACGAUGGAUGCGAAACACGAUCUAUCGAAUGCAGUGGUUGCGACGGAGAUGGCGCGACGUCCUGGCAACAGAGGCUGCUACAUGUAUUCAGCGAACUGUGCGAGCAUUUUUGACUCGCGGAUGGUGUCGCCGCAUUCGUCAGGACAAACGUGCAGCCACGAUUCAACGAGCCUGGCGACGGAGUCGCCUACAUUCGCGAGGUCCCUUGUACGCUUCGAUCGCACAUUUGGCGCAAUCCAUUCAGUUGGGCAUGCAUGCAUGGCAUGCGACAGUGCUUCAGGCCGCUGCUCGAGGGUUCAUUGGGCGAAGAUGUGUGACCAAGCGGCGGCUUGAAAGACGAAGCGCCAUUAGCUUGCAACGCACGUGGCGGGAAUACGUCGCAAGGCAGCGUCGAACGCAGACGCGACAAGAACGGCGACUGCGACGAUUACUCGCAGCCCAUUGCAUCCAAGCCACCUACAGAGGGUAUCGUGAUCGGGUCUUGUUUCGACUGGCAAUGACCAAAUCGUGCGUUCCAAUGUACCUCCGGGCGUGUCGACUGCAGUCGAUGCCGUUGCAACUGGUAUUCCGGGAGCGAUUCCACAACUCAAUCGUGCACAGUGCAUCGAGUGUGAUCGCGACAGUGUGGCGACGGUAUUGGCGGCGAAAGGUAUCGAGGCACAAGGAAUUGACUGCCGCCGCAGUUGUCGUCCAGACAAUCUACCGAAGCCAGCGAACGCAGCGCUGGUUUCGAAAACAUGUGGCUCGCAUUCGACGCAGCGCCACGUCCAUCCAACGAAUGGUGCGGUCGCGGUUGGCGAGAAACCACACCAAGCAGCACAUUGCGGCGAUGAAGAAAGUUGCGCAAGCAGCGCAGACAGCACGGUCGAACCAGGCGGCAUUGCGUGUCCAAGCUGCGUGGCGCAAGAAGAAAGGACGGAUGGCACUGCAUCUUCGACGGCAAGCACAGGAACUAGAGAUGGCGCGGCGACACGCGAGUUCCAAGACCAUCCAGGUUGUCUUGUCGUUUCAAUGGCCACAACUUGAAUCGAUUGUAUCCUAGCGGUUCGUGCGGCAUACACGCCAACGACGGCAGAAUUGCCGUAACAUGGUAGUUGCGGUGGCAGAAAUCACGGUCAAAGUGGCCGCGCGCCAUGCUGCAGCGAGACGCAUCCAGAGGAAGUUCCGCGCGUACAGGUCCACUCGCCUUGGCAAGGCCAUGCUGGCUACCCUAAAGCUAGACCGACGGAAGCGCGAACGGCGGCUCGCCAAGCAAAAGAUCAUAUCUGACUUUUUGGUCGAAUCUGCUGUCGACCGUGAAAAUGAACUUGCGCUGAUGGCAAAAGUGAAAUCGAAUCACGAAAAAGUCCAAGGCGAAAAGGACAGAAAGGCGACCGAAGCUGCGGCAGCGAAAGCAGAACGCCGGCGACUUGCCCUGUUCGCCGCUGAAACGAAUGUGCUUACGCCGCCACCACGGUUCCAGAUCACAGCGCCUGGCAAUGGGAAGUCGGAAUGGGUCGAAGCAUGGGACGAUGUGAACAACCGAAAGUACUUGUAUAACGCCAAGACCGGCGAGAGCAAGUGGGCCUAGGUGGCGCCCCGAAGCCUGCCACUUCGUUGUCGCAGUGACGUGGCAGCUUGUCCACGCAGCAUGGUCAUUUUCGGCAAGAUUGUUGCUGCGGCACCUCCAAUAAAUCCAGUGGGCAUCCAUUGCGCAGAAAAAUUUGAACUUUUGGCAAA